UCCGGCCCUGGUCCCUCGCUGCACCCGGGAGCUGGCCACCCACUAACCCUCCCCUCCCGAGAUCUCCAGCCCCAGCUGCUGUCGCCUCUUCAGCAGCCCCGAGAUCGGCGAGGUCUGCCCGGAUCACCAUGUUCCCUCGCCCUCUAACCCCACUGGCGGCCCCAAAAGGCGCCGAGCCCCUGGGCCGCACGCCUAGGCGGGCCCCAUUGAGUAGGGCCCGCGCUGGGCUCGGGGGACCACCCCUGUUGCUGCCGUCCAUGCUGAUGUUUGCAGUGAUCGUGGCCUCCAGCGGGCUACUGCUCAUGAUCGAGCGGGGCAUCCUAUCGGAGAUGAAACCCCUUCCCCUGCACCCUCCCAGCCACAAAGGCGCGGCCUGGCGUGGGACAGCUCCCAAGCCUGGAGGCCUAUCCUUGGAUGCUGGGGACUCGGACUUACAAGUGCGGGAGGACGUCCGAAACCGGACCAUGAGGGCGGUGUGCGGACAACCGGGCAUGCCCCGGGACCCCUGGGACUUGCCGGUGGGACAGCGGCGCACCCUGCUGCGCCACAUCCUCGUAAGUGACCGCUACCGCUUCCUCUACUGCUACGUCCCCAAAGUGGCCUGCUCUAACUGGAAGCGCGUGCUGAAGGUGCUGGCGGGUGUCCUGGACAACGUGGAUGUCCGCCUCAAGAUGGACCACCGCAGUGACCUGGUGUUUCUGGCAGACCUGCGGCCUGAGGAGAUUCGCUACCGUCUGCAGCAUUACUUCAAGUUCCUAUUUGUGCGAGACCCCUUGGAACGCCUCCUGUCUGCUUACCGCAACAAGUUUGGGGAAAUCCGGGAGUACCAGCAGCGCUAUGGAGCUGAAAUUGUCCGGCGCUACAGGGCUGGAGCUGGCCCCAGUCCUGCGGGGGACGAUGUCACCUUCCCAGAGUUCCUGAGAUACCUGGUGGAUGAGGACCCUGAGCACAUGAAUGAGCACUGGAUGCCCGUUUACCACCUUUGCCAACCAUGUGCUGUGCACUACGACUUUGUGGGUUCCUAUGAGAGGCUGGAGGCUGAUGCCAACCAGGUGCUGGAGUGGGUGCGGGCCCCACCCCAUGUCCGGUUCCCAGCCCGCCAGGCCUGGUACCGGCCGGCCAGCCCAGAAAGUCUGCAUUACCACCUGUGCAACGCCCCACGAGCCCUGCUUCAAGAUGUGCUGCCUAAGUAUAUCCUGGACUUCUCCCUCUUCGCCUACCCACUGCCCAAUGUCACCAGGGAAGCCUGUCACCAGUGACAGUGGGCCAGCAGCUUUUAGAGUUUGGUUUUAAUGACACCAGCUUUGAAGUGCCCUUUAGAGAAGAACGCAUGGCUCUGGGGCUUGCUAGUUUCUCUAGAUGGCUCCAUAUCUCAGUGGCUGGGACCGUCCUCAGGCUGUCCUUGUCCCCAGUGAGUGCCCACGGUGGCUCAGAGGGUAGAUCUAGACAGGAGGCCUACUGCUCUCACUGGUGGACUCUCUUAGGGCUUGUGGCAUCCUUAUCUGGCAGGGCCAGACACCAAUGUGUUACUAAAGCCAUGUGUUUGAUCUAAAGACUGACUCCAGGCCCCUGGCUGCUGGGUUUGCGCAGUCCACCUGGUCCGCUGUAACUACUUAACCUGUGGCCAAAUCCCAAACAAAGGUGGCACCAGCCAAGCAUAUGACUGUGCCUAGGACCAAUGUCUCUGACCCCCCUUUGCCCACCCCAUGAACCUCAGGACUGGAGUGAGCUGUGGUGCCUUAGGAAUGAAUUUAGAGCUUUCUACUCCAGCCUUUAAAUUUCCUACACUUUCCUACACAUUUCCAUUUUUCCAAGGAAAGAAAAAACUGAAGUAGGGCCCUUACCUCACAGCUCUAAGACCCAGCCCCUCAAGCAUCCAAAGACCCCUGUGCCUGACCUCUUCCUAGGGCUCUUGAAGUAUCUUCAGUAAGCUUCCCUUCCCUACAAAGCCUUUUCGAUUGUGUCUGUGGCCGGUGUAUCUGGCUGUUACUUGUCUAACGCAUUUAUUUAAAAUGUGUAUAAAUAUAUAUAUAUAUGUUUUUUGUUUUAGUUUUUUGAGACAGGGUUUUUCUAUGUAGCCCUGGCUGUCCUGGAACUCACUCUGUAGACCAGGCUGGCCUCAAACCCAGAGAUCCGCCUGCCUCUGCCUCCUGAGUGCUGGGAUUAAAGGCAUGCACCACCAUGCCCAGUUAAAUGUGUAUAUUUUGAUAGAAUCCUUGUAAGGGCUGACUUUUAAU